AUGCUAUUCGACAGAUCGCCUCCCUGGGCAACGCGUCCUGGCCUCAACCGACGCAGCCUCCUGCCAGUACGACCACCUCUCCCUCGAAUCCUGCCUCCACCGCUACUGCCGCCGCCUCCACCGCUGAAAGGGAUCCCUCGGCCCCACAUUGAAGACCUUUCCUACCACACUCCUUGUUGUGUACUCUCUCUCUCUCCCUCACACACACACACACGUAUGCCAAAUACCUUGCCUCAACUAGUCGACGCCUUCCAAACAUGUGAUUCGUCAUCUGCUGUUCUCCAUCCAGCCCCCCUCUCCCUCCCUCCCUCCCUCCCACCGCAUCUUCAUCCUCUUGCAUGUAUGGAACUGCCUCCUUCCCCAAAACUAUCAGACAGACACGCCUGCUGGAGCAACAGACCCAGAAUGUGUAUAUAG